GCAAACACUCCUGCAAGAAUGUUAGUACCCCUCCGGUUCAGAUGUAGACCGUCCCUUCGAAACAGAUCCCAAUGUACCUGGAACAAAGACCAAUUAUCCAAAAACCUGAACCCUUCCUUCCUACACCGUGCUCUCAGCCUCGUAUUGAUGUGCAUAAUCAUUCUUAUUCUUCGCCUCACUUGCACGUGAAAGGAGGGACAUUUCUGGCCCCCUUUCAAUGGAAAAAGCCUAUCCACGUCAGUUCUAUCUAUCCUCCUCAUAAUUUUAAAUACCUCUAUCAAGUCCCCCCUCAACCUUCUACGCUCCAAAGAAAAAGACCUAACUUGUUCAACCUUUCCCUGUAACUUUGGUGCUGAAACCCAGGUAACAUUCUAGUAAAUCUUCUCUGUACUCUCUCUAUUUUGUUGACAUCUUUCCUAUAAUUUGGUGACCAGAACUGUACACAGUACUCCAAAUUCGGCCUUACCAAUGCCUUGUACAAUUUUAACAUGACAUUCCAACUCGUAUACUCAAUACUCUGAUUUAUAAAGGUCAACAUACCAAAAGCUUUCUUCACCACCCUAUCCAUAUGAGAUUCCACCUUCAGGGAACUAUGCACCAGUAUUCCUAGAUCACUCUGUUCUAUUGCAUUCUUCAAUGCCCUACCAUUUACCAUGUAUGUCCUAUUUGGAUUAUUCCUACCAAAAUGUAGCACCUCACACUUAUCAGCAUUAAACUCCAUCUGCCAUCAUUCAGCCCACUCUUCUAACUGGCCUAAAUCUCUCUGCAAGCUUUGAAAACCUACUUCAUUAUCCACAACGCCACCUACCUUAGUAUCAUCUGUGUACUUACUAAUCCAAUUUACCACCCGAUCAUCCAGAUCAUUAAUAUAUAUGACAAACAACAUUGGACCCAGUAUAGAUCCCUGAGGCACACACUAGUCACCGGCCUCCAACCUGACAAACAGUUAUCCACCACUACUCUCUGGCAUCUCCCAUCCAGCCACUGUUGAAUCCAUUUUCCUACUUAAAUAUUAAUACCUAACGAUCUAACCUUCCAUGCGGAACCUUGUCAAAGGCCUUACUGAAGUCUAUAUAGACAAUAUCCACUGCUUUACCCUCAUCAACUUUCCUUGUAACCUCUUCAAAAAAUUCAAUAAGAUUUGUCAAACAUGACCUUCCAUGUACAAAUCCAUGUUGACUGUUCCUAAUCAGACCCUGUCUAUCCAGAUAAUUAUAUAUGCCAUAUCUAAGAAUACUUUCCAUUAACUUACCCACCACUGACAUCAAACUGACAGGCCUAUAAUUGCUAGGUUUACUCUUAGAACCCUUUUUAAACAAUGGAACCACAUGAGCAAUACGCCAACCCUCCGGCACCAUCCCCAUUUCUAAUGACAUUUGAAAUAUUUCUGUCAGGGUCCCUACUAUUUCUACACUAACUUCCCUCAAGGUCCUAGAGAAUAUCCUGUCAGGAACCGGAGAUUUAUCCACUUUUAUAUCCCUUAAAAGCGCCAGUACUUCUGCCUUUUUAAUCGUCAUAUAUCAAGUUAUAUGAAGCAAGGUUAGCAGAGCUGGGACUUUUCUCUUUGGAGCGUCGAAGAAUGAGAGGGGACUUGAUAGAGGCCUACAAGAUUAUGAGAGGCAUAGCUAGGAUGGUUAGUCAGUACCUGUUUCCCAGGGCACCAAUAGCAAACACCAGAGGACAUAUGUACAAAAUUAAGGGAGGGAAGUUUAGGGGAGACAUCAGGGGUAAGUUUUUUACACAGAGGGUUGUGAAUGCCUGGAAUGACUUGCCAAGGAUGGUGGUGAAGGCCAAAACAUUAGGGGUAUCUAAGAGCCUCUUGGACAGACAGAUGGAUGAAAGAAAAAUGGAGGGUUAUGGGGUAGUGUUUGGAGUUGCCAAUCAUACCCCUCCUGCAACCAUAUUUCACUAAUUGCUACAUCAUUUUUCCAGGUAUCAAUCCAUGCUCUAAGCUCAUCCACCUUUCUUACAAUGCUCCUAGCAUUAAAAUAAAUGCAUUUAAGAAAUUCUCUACCUCCUGCCCUCUAACAAUACAAAGAACUUUACUGUCUUCCUUCUCCCAUACAUCUGUUCCUACACUCUGGUUCCCCUCCCCCCUGUAUCCAGUUUAAAUCCACUGGAGCCUCUCUAGCAAACCUACCUGCAAGAAUAUUUGUCCCCUCCAGUUCAGAUGUAAACCGUCCCGCUGGAACAGGUCCCUCCUUCCCUGGAAAACUGCCCAAUUAUCUAUAAACCUGAAGCCCUCCCUCCUGCACCAUGUCUUCAGCCACAUGUUGAUCUGCACUAUCUUACUAUUUCUAAACCCACCUGCACGUGGCACUGGUAGCAAUCCUGAGAUUGCUAUCUUGGAGGUCCUGUCCUUUAACUUGGUACCUAGCUCCCUAAACUCACCUUUCAGGACCUCCUCACUCUUCCUACCCACGUCAUUGGUCCCAACAUGGACCACGACAUCCAGCUUCUCACCCUCCCUCUUGAGAAUACUGAGAACUUGAUCCAAGAUAUCGCGGACCCUGGCACCAGGGAGUCAGCAGGCCAUCCGGGAUUCUCGAUCACUUCCACAGAACCUCCUGUCUGUCCCCCUAACUAUCGAAUCCCCCACCACUACUGUCCUCCUCUUUUCCCUCCUUCUCUUCUGAGCUGAGGGUCCAGUCUAGGUGCCAGAGACGCAACCACUGCAACUUGUCCCUAGUAGGUCAUCCCCACCAACAGUAUCCAAAACGGUAUACUUAUUGUUGAUGGGAACAGCCACAGGGGUGCUCUGCUCAGUCUGUCCAACCCCUUCCCUCUCCUGACAGUCACCCAACUACCUGUCUCCUGAAUCCUAGGGGUGACUAUCUCCCCGAAACUCCUGUUUAUUUCUGCCUCUAUCUCCUGAAUGAUCUGAAGUUCAUCCAGCUCCAGCUCUAGUUCCCUAACAUGGUUUGUCAGGAGCUGCAGCUGGAUGCACCUUUUGCAGGUGUAGUCAUCAGAGACAAUUGUGCUCGCCCUGACUUCCCACAUACUGCAAAUGGAGCACUCAACUGCCCUAACUGCUGCCUCCAUUACCUACUCCUAAACUAAUUAGAUUAAUUAAAGGAGCUUACCCGGCCUUACCUCACCUGGAGUGAAGCUCGUACUCAACCUCUGCUCGCUUUUUAAAUUCCCUUGCUGAUCUGAGGCCGACCUUCAUGCAGUCGUGCCCUGUUCAACCUCGCCUCUCCCUGUUCUCGCCGAAGCCUGAUCGAGCCAAAGCCGUCCCACUCUGCCUCAGUCCACUCCGAUGAUGGCUGCUUUAACUUUGACCAAAGCUUGAAUUAAUACUAAUGUUCACUCUGAUUUUUGUUUCAACUGCUCUGCAGAUCAACUAUUGGUCUGAGCAGAAAAUUUUUACAUGUCUUGAAAACUGUGUGGCACUUUAAAUAAAACUUAUAUAAAAGAAAAUUCCAUCUGUAGCAACAAAGGCUAUUUGUGUGAGAGCCCUUCAGUUACUGUGCAGCCGUGCACCUGUGCAGCUUAGAGAAACAGUGAAUAAUCCUAAUGGAGAGAGUUGAACUGAGCCAAGUGACAGAUUGAAGAUGAGCAGAAAUGUCCCAAACUGUUGCAGACAGGAAGACUAUCAAAGAAUUUGAUGGUUAGAAACUGCAAAGAAUUUGUGUACAGGAAUCUCAAACAUAACACAUCUGUUUUGCUGUUUCUGUCCACACAUUUGAGGAGUGAGCAGCAUUUCCUCUGUAACACCAAUUUCCUCUGUAAACUCUGUAACAUCAUCUGUAGUUAUUCUUUGGAGAUGAAGAAUUUUCUCGUCCCAGCUGGAAAUGUGCUUUGUGUCUGAAAUGAAGUUUUGUGUUGUAAUUCAGUGAAAUCCACUUGGACUGGGACGCUGAGAACACACCAGUACUUGUUCACUAGAGAUCAGUUCUUCAACUGCAUUGAUUGUGCAAGGGAUUCACUCACUCAUCCCAGCUGCUUAACUCUGGAAAGGAAUUCACUCAUUCAUCUAACCUACUGUCACGCUAGUUAGUCUACACUGUGAAGAGACUGUUGAUUUGCUCAGACUGGGAAGGAAUUCACUCACUCAUCCCACCUGCGACACACCAGCAACUUCACACUGGGGAGAGGCCAUUCAGCUGCAGAUUAUGGAAAGGCAUUUACUUGGUCAUUACAUCUGAAGGUAUCGUAGUGGGUUCACCUGGGGAAAGGCCAUUCACCUGCUCAGACUGUGGAAGGAAUUCACUCAGUUGUGUAAUCUAAUGGCACACCAGCGAGUUCACACUGGGGAGAGUUCAUUCGCCUGCUCAGACUGUGGGAAGGGAUUCACUCAGCCAUCUCAACUGAAGGUACAUCAGCGAGUUCACACUGGAGAGAGACCAUUCACUUGCUCAGACUGUGGGAGGGGGUUCACUCAGCUGUGUAAUCUAUUGCAGCACCAGUCAGUUCACACUGGGGAGUGGCCAUUCACCUGCUCAGAAUGUGGGAAGGGAUUCACUUGUUCAUCCCACCUACAGACACAUCAGCGAGUUCACACUGGGGAGAGGCCAUUCACCUGCUCAGAUUGUGGGAAGAGAUUCACUCAGCUGCCUAACCUAUUGGCACACCAGUCAGUUCAUACUGGGGAGUGGCCAUUCACCUGCUCAGAAUGUGGGAAGGGAUUCACUUGUGCAUCCCACCUACAGACACAUCAGCGAGUUCACACUGGGGAAAGGCCAUUCACCUGCUCAGAUUGUGGGAAGAAAUUCACUCAGUUGCCUAACCUAUUGGCACACCAGUCAGUACACUCUGGGAAAAGGCCAUUCACCUGCUCAGAAUGUGGGAAGGGAUUCACUUAUUCAUCCCACCUACAGACACAUCAGCGAGUUCACACUGGGGAGAGGCCAUUCACCUGCUCAGAAUGUGGGAAGAGAUUCACUCAGUCAUCCAACCUUGUGGCUCACUACCGAGUUCACACUGGGGAGAAGCUGAAAUAAGCUUCAUGCUGAAUAUUUGACCAUCACAGCUGCUGAGUUCAGAGGCAAGUUUUAAAGUGACUCUUGCUGAUCAUGACAGCCAGUUCUGCACCUUGGUUUCUAGGCUUGGAAGGAGUGUCUUCUGCUAAUGUCCAUCUUUAUUGGGACUUGAGUUUAAUAUUCUGGAUCUGUGAUGACCAAAUCAGUUCUGUUUUAAACUCUGUCUCGGGUUCUUAGUGAAUCUAUAACACACUCAGUGUACAGCUAGGAGUGAACUCAGGCCAGCUGGUUCCUGGCAGUGUUUCUGAUCCACAACAGUCCUUUUAAAUCCAUCCCUGCUGUUCACCUCUCCCUCUCUCUGAGGCAAUGAGUUCCAAACUGUGUGGGUGAAGAGGUUUCCCCAGAAUUUCCUGCAUGACUUUCUACAGACUGAAGAUGAAGACAAUCUGACUGCAGUUGUAUCUAACAUGUUCUCUGGAUCAAGGAGGAAUGACAUUGGGAGUUAACCUACUUAUUCACCGCUCAUUUCAACAUGCAUCAAUUUCAGUGCUUCUGAAGGGCUGUGUCUCACACAGCUGCGUUGUUAGAAUACACAACUUCCUCUAAAGUCUGAAAGCAGAAUGGAGAGCCAUCAGUCAGAUGUUCAAUGGAACAUGGUCUGAAACCAGACGGGUCAGCAGGGGGCAGAGCCUGGGGCGCUGGACAGUGGUCAGGGUAAGGACAUAUGAUGAGGAACAAGGAAUCACUGGGGGGGCGGAGGUUGCAGCAACAUUUGUAAGCUGAUUUGGUUGACUUUGGUGACACAAACAAUGCCUGUUGUGAGGCGUUCCAUUGGUCGAGGAACAUGUGUGUUUGGAAUGGGUUUAACUGAUAGUUCAUGCUUGUUAAUCCUGUAGUAAUCAUAUCUGGAUGGUUAUUGAUCUAUCAACAGUAAUGUAUUAGUUGCAUAUAAUUUAUAAACUAGGACUCAAACUAGAUUAGGCUUGCAUUUAUAGUAAGGCAUUCAUAUCUUUUAUGAGUUUGUAUUUUAAAGCAAAAUUUUGGCAAAUGAUAUUUGCCACUUGAUUGUGUCUGUGAAAGUACUGAGAUGUAGUUAAACUUUUUCAGGAUCCUGUAUUGUGUUGGAUUGUCUCUGGUUUUUCUUGGCAUUGUCUGCAUGUAUUGUCUUGAAUUUGUUGGUAUUUUAUUAUACAUUUUUGAUACCUUUUUGUGUUAACCACCUGUGUAUUUCCACAAAGAACUCCUCUUUUCUGGGAAGAGGCUGCAACUCUAAGCCAAGUAUUUGAUGCUUCCUUGUCAACAUCUCUUCGUUAAUUUUUCCAUCUCUCAUGAUAAUGUAUUCAGUUUUCUGGAUUUUAUUUUCAUUUAAGUUUGUUGCUGUGUAUUUAUCAGAAUUGUAUAUGCUGGCAUGGAGUGCUGAGUUCUGCUUUUGUUGAUGAAAAUAUAUCCUUAAAAGUUUUAUCUGACUCCUGCAUAAUUUUUUUUGUUAUUCCUCUUCUUAACAGGUGGUGUUAAUCUUAGUGUUUUCGAGUGUACAUAGUUUUUUGUAAAACCUGUCAUUUCUGUUUUUAGUUUACUCUGUAAAUUUUCCAAAUCAGAAUUGGGCAGAGUUAAAGUAUUAAGCUAAAUUAUUAUUAAUAAUAAUAUUGUUAUUAAAAGCCCCUGGUGCAGUUAUAUACAUGUAUACAGACAGUAGCCACGAUGUGCAGUACAAAUUAUAAUGAGAUAAAUUGUAUGUAAUGCCCUGAUUUAAGAUCAUGAUUUAUCUUACUUUUUUGCAGAUCUCAAAAUGAAAAUCUAUAUUAAAGUGUUCUCUUAAUUGCAUUAUGCAAUUGAGUAUUUCAUUUUUGUUGUUUAAAAUAAUAGUUCAGUUAAUUACAGUGGGCUUGUUGUAAUUAGCCAAUAGGAUUUCUCUUGCUAACCAAUAAGAUGCCCUGGAAAAGAAUGGGUAGCUAUUUUCUCGAGAGAGCAUGGGAUUGAAGAAGGAGAAAGCUGGAGAAUGGAAAUGGACAACAAACAGUGGAACAGCAUGGUGAAACGAUAUCAACUCUCAAUGUGGGAGAACAGAUACUGAUGUUCCUCAUGCAGACUGUGGUGUCACGGAGAAUGUUAGCUUUCAGUUAGCCAGCUAGCACACAACAUUGAAGGAAGUUUUACACCUUUCUCCUUGGACGUUUGCGUGGAUAUUUAUCUGUUUUUUUUAAUUAGACUGGUUCUUUAGUGCAGAACCAUUCCAGUACCGUGAGUAAAUGAAGUGAAGCGAUCUGGAUUUAUUAUGCAGCAGUGAGCUCCAUCAAAGACAUGUAAAUUUUAGACAAUAUGUAUGUGAUGGGCAUUUUUGUUAUUUGUUUAAAAUAUUUUAUCAAUGCAAUUUCAGUCUAAAUUUAUACGGCUCUGAGCUAAAUUAUUGCUUCCUAACAGCAAAUUUGCAUGGGUGAGUUAGGAUUCGUGCAGGUCUUAAUUCCCUUACAAGAAACAUUCAAAUUUUUUUUUGUGUGUUUACCAUAUCCAUCCUAGACCCGUAUAUUUAUUGUUUUUUUUCCUAUUGUUCACUAUUAUUCCCAUGCAUUGUCGAGUUAUGUUACUGUUAGCUGGUAUUCACAGUAAAAUCUAAUUUAUACGAGCUUACGGUGUGAUGGUUACAUUUUAAGGGGCUACGUCUGUGAUAGAUGUUUGUGUAAUCUGUUAUUUGUGUUCAAGCGAAUGUUACAUUAGUUUUUUUUAGUACAAUUUGAAGUACAUCAUAAUUAAAGGACUGUGAUAUGGAUGCUGCAGAGAUUAAGGUUUGAUGUAAUAAAAGCCAAGUAUCCAGUUGCAA